AUGCCACCACAUCUCCACCCGCGCUCGCGGUCAACAAUGAGCCUCUUCGCCGGCACCCUCCUCGCGUCUCUCGUGGUCGUCGGCAUGCCACAUGUCUUCCCCUGCCCUGCUCCACGCCGUACCUUUGCCGACUCCGAAAUGACCAUCACAGCCGACGGGCAACAAGUCCCGCGUAUGCGGCGCCGAAGGAGGAGAGACAUGGAGCUGGACACUGAAAUUCCGCGUCCGGGCCAUCCGACACCUGCCGCCGCCGAUGAAGAAGUCACUACAUUCUUCCAGAUGGAGGAGGAAGCUGAGAAGUUGACACAUAUUAGUCACGAGUGCCCGGUGCCGAAGCCAAAGGGUGUACUUGGGGAGCUAUUGGGGUUUCAUAAUGCGCGUGGAAAUGAGCACCGGGUCUCUGCUGAUGGGACUCAAUAA